CUGAAGAUUAUUUUUCAAAUGUCACAUUAGAUAUUGGUAUCAUAUUAUAGGAUCGGUGUUAGUGACACGUUAUCCGUUCUCGGAGUAGGAAGAUUAAUUCAGUAUGACAAUUCGACCGUUGACUCCUGAAUUAGCGGAGAAGGCUCGAGUAGAGUUAAACGAAGAUCCUAAUAGAAUUGCCAAGGAUGUGCAACAUAUCAAGGACUGGCUGGCAAAGCAGCCACACAUUCGUGCCCGGACAGAUGAUCAAUGGCUUGUAGCGUUUUUGCGGGGCUGUAAGUUCAGUCUGGAAAGGACGAAAGAAAAAUUGGAUAUAUUUUACUCUUUGCACACACUUGCACCGGAACUAUUUAACGUUAAAGUUAAUGAUGCCCUUUUUAAAGAAAUUUUAGACUUAGGGACUUAUACCAUCUUGCCAAAGACUGCAACUCCUACGUCUCCCGUGGUUACUGUUAUUCGACCUGGUACUUAUGAUCCGGAUAAGUAUAAACUAUACGAUAUAUUCUCCGUAUCUAUCCUGUUACAAAAUAUGUUGCUAAUUGAUAACGAUAAUAUGACAGUGGCCGGUGUACAAACAAUUUUGGAUUUGGAAGGAGUAACGAUGGGACAUUUCUUACAAAUGACCCCUUCAGUUAUGAAAAGAAUGGCGGUUCUUUCACAAGAUGCAGCCCCAGUAAGAAUGAAGGGUACCCACUAUAUCAAUACACCGCCUGGUUUUGAAACCGUAUUCAACGCAAUUAAAAGUUUGCUCAACGAAAAGAACAGGUCCCGAUUGUAUGUGCACAAUAAAAAUUACGAUGAAAUGUAUAAAUUUAUACCCCAAGAAAUUUUACCAACGGAAUACGGUGGCAAAGCUGGUACCUUCAAGGAAAUAAACGAAUAUUGGAAGAAGAAAGUGCAGCACUACAAUUCUUGGUUAGAAGAUGGCGUCAAGUACGGCACAGAUGAAUCUAAACGACCUGGAAAGCCCAAAUCUGCGGAAACACUGUUCGGCGUUGAAGGUUCCUUCCGACAACUGGAUUUUGACUAAAUACUUCAAUACAUCUGAACUAAACUUAACCUAAAAAUACUGAUAAUCUCUGUUAACCUUAUUUCUCUGGUAUUAGUGUAUAGUACUAAAAAUAGAUCAGUAUGAUCAGUAAAAAUAUGGCCGUAACGUGUUAUAAAACAAUCUUGUAAACCAUCGUCUAUAGGUCACCGUUCUAUUGACCUUGAGUCUCUCGGCAAGGAGGCAACUACUGACAAAAUAACUUUAUGUGCUUCAUCUAAAUCUUUUUUUUUGGCUUGUACAAUCAAACAUAAACAAUAACCAU